CGGUGAGCUUCAUCAUGGCGGCGGAGUUUCGCUCUCUGGCGAUGGAAUACCGUCAACAGUCAUGAAUGAGCUCAAAAUAUUGCACUAAAACGGUUUUUUAAAGCAGUUCGCUUUUAAGCUCAUUAUUCUCUGAAGGACGUUAUAAUAUAUAUCGUGUCAUUGUGAGUCUUGAUGGAUGUACGUUAACGCGGUGGGUGACUCCCCACGUCAUUUCUCUCAUUUCCAGCAUUUGGUUUCUCAUCGGGUUGGUUUGACGGAUCUGAGGUGAUAAUGUGCUUCAGGUAGUUUUCCUUUGCGGCGUUCCUCAGGGCUCUGUUAGUGGCCCGACUGCAUUCAGCAUGUCUUCCACGGCCGCCCCAAAGCCUUCACCUACGCUCUCAGUCCUGGACAAUCUCUCCAUAUCGUCUCUGCUGUCUGGAGACCUGGAGGAGGAUGGCGAGAGAGAAGACGAGGAUCUGGGCGAUCUGGAAGUGAACCCCUACGAUGGGCUCCCAUAUUCCUCACGCUACUAUAGUCUUCUGGAGGAGCGGAAGCAGCUUCCCGUGUGGAGUCUGAAGCUCAGUCUGCUGGAGCACAUGGAGUCGAACAGCAUGAUCGUCCUGAGUGCAGACGGAGGAAUGGGGAAAAGCACGCAGGUUCCUCAGUGGUGUGUGGAGUUCGCUCUGUCUCAUGAGUUCUCUCAGGGUCUGGUGUGCUGUUGUCAGCCGUACGCGGCGGCCGCCUGCAGUCUGGCGCUCCGAGUGGCUGAUGAGAUGGACUUGAGUCUGGGGUUGGAGGUGGGCUACAGGGUCCCACACGAGGACGGGUGCACGCCGGACACCAUACUGCGGUUUGUCACAGACUCUCUCCUGCUGGAGGAAAUGAUGUCAGACCCUCUGCUGCGGCAGUACGGGGUCCUGGUCAUUGAUGAGACUCAGGAGCGCACAGUUGCGACGGAUGUGCUGCUGGGGCUGCUGUGUGAUGUGUGCCGCCAGCGCGCUGAGCUCAGGGUCGUGGUGCUCACCGCGCCUGCAGUUGCUCAGACCUUCGCCAGCUUCCUGGGAGAGAGCGUUCCUCACCUCAGCGUUCCUACGCAAACCAACACCGCUGAAAUACUGUACCGGGAGCUGCCGGCAGGACGUGACCUGGUCACCGCUUCCUGUCACAUGAUCCUGGACCUACACCGCAGGGGAGAGGAGGGAGACAUACUGGUGUUCCUCCCUAGUGUGCAGGAGAUUCAGGAGUGUCGCGUGGUGCUUGAGAAGGAGUGUGUGUCUCUCAGCGCUCAUCUGCUGUCUCUGCGCGUGAUCGAUCUGCACGCCGGCAUCGGAACAUCAUCGCAGCAGCUGUACAGCUCCGAGAGUGCUGAGGACAAGCAGCAGGACGAGCCUCCGGACACUGUAGAGUCUCCAGCCCAGAGACGCAGUGUCGUCCUCACCGACGUCUUAGGAGAGGCUUCAUUCUCUCUCAACAACAUCCGAUACGUCAUCGACAGCGGCAUCCAGCUGAAGACCAUCUACAACCCACAGAUCCGAGCGGAUUCACAGCUUCAGCAGCCCAUCAGCAAACAGCAGGCUGACACUCGCGCCCGCAGGGUCAACAGCACGCUGCCCGGUGUGUGUUUUCGGCUGUACUCUCAGCUGAUGUAUGAGGAUGAGAUGCCAGCGUCUCGCUGUCCGGCGGUGACCGAAGCAAACCUCAGUCAUCUGGUGCUGCUCCUCAAGCGGCUGGACAUUGCAGACAUGGGCCAGUGCAAGUUCCUGGACCGGCCAGCCCCGGAGGCUCUGAUGCAGGCGCUGGAGGAUCUGGAUUAUCUGGCGGCUCUCGAUGACGAUGGGAAUCUGUCCGAGGUGGGAAUCAUCAUGUCUGAGCUUCCUCUGGAGCCUCCCUUAGCCAAAGCUUUGAUCGCGUCCUGUGAGUUUGACUGCGUGAACGAGCUGCUGACCAUCACUGCCAUGCUGACCGCUCCGCCAUGCUUCAUAACACCACCAGCUAAUAAAGUGGAGGCAGCAGCGACGCACAGACGACCCCUGCUGCAUCCAGACGGAGAUCACAUGACCCUCAUCAACGUCUAUAAUGCGUAUCUGCAGCAUAAUGAAGACGAGGUCUGGUGCAGGACAAACUUCUUGAAUGCCUCUGCUCUACGAUUGGCUGUGGUGAUCAGGGCGGAGCUACUGGAGGUGAUGCAGCGAAUCGAGUUGCCCGUCUCUCCUCCUGCUUUCGGUUGUCAGGACAACAGCACCAAUAUAAAGAGAGCUUUGAUAUCAGGCUUCUUCCUGAAGGUUGCUCAUGAUGUUGAUGGCUCAGGGAACUAUCUGCUCCUCACGCACCGGCAUGUGGCUCAUCUCCACCCGUUCUCAUCGUACCACUGCCGCCGACCGCAGCCCAGCCCGCCCAGCUGGGUGCUUUACCACGACUUCACCAUCUCUCACGACAACUGCAUCUGCAUCAUAUCUGACAUUCACCCACAAAUGUUGGUGGAGCUGGCGCCUCAGUACUAUCUAGGGAACCUUCCAGCCAGUGAAGGCCGAGAUCUGCUGAUGGGCCUCAGACAGAGUUUAUUUCCUCCAGAUGAGCAGGACACAAACCCUCAGGACCAAAGCCAUGAAGAAGUGGGCGGUCAGGACAGCGCAGAGACAUGCAGCGUACAGUAGCUGAAACGCUCCCUGCACACAAACUCAAACCAGCAGCGGCGGUGUGCAGUAAACACCUCCAGACGAUCGCUCUUCAGCAGCCUCAAUCAGUCUCGCGUGAGAUCCCAUCAGGCUCAGA